GCAGAACUGUAUACAAAACAUGAGGUAUAUAUAGUGAUGUUGGUGUGUCUUUCUUUAAUACUGUAUCCAAGCUUCAUGAUACUCAUACAUAUCUUAUACUUUCAUCAUGAAGACUUUUAUUAAGAGUUUUGUGUUUCUAUUAUUUUUUAUCUACACAGAAUGUGCUUUUAGAUGCGAUUACCAAUAUCGUCAACUGACGAAAGGCUGGUUCAAACUAUACGAAGUACCUGAGACUUGGCAAGAUGCUCGACUUCGCUGUACUCUUCAAGGUGCUGUGUUAGCUUCUCCAACUUCGUCGGCAAUGGCAGCUGAAAUGAGAAACACCAUGAAAAAUUUCUUCUUACAAGAUACUGAAAUCUUCACUGGAAUACAUUCUACCUUCUCGUCUGGGAGCUAUCAGACGGUUGAUGGUAUACCUCUUAGCAAGAUUCCCCUAGUUUGGGGCAAUAAUGAGCCAGAUAACUUUGGAAAUAAAGAGAGAUGUAUAACCUUUAACAGUAAUGGAUCUGCAGUUGACAGAAUGUGUGAGGAACCCAGACCUUAUAUCUGCUUUCGCUCUGGAGAAAAGGAGGUGCCGACCAAUAGAUGUGGCACUGUUGAUAAUGAAUACAACUACGAUGAAAAUACCAAAAAAUGCUACAAGUUCCACACAGUACCAGGAACUUUUGAUCGUGCCCACUUCGUUUGUUUGGCUGAAGGCGGCCAUCUUGCCAUUAUAAAUAGUAAAGAAGAAGCGGAAGUAUUAAGAAAACUUUUUGCUAAAUAUCCUGCUUCAUCAAUGCCGGGAACUUUUCACAAAGAUGUAGCUAUAAUCGGCUUCCACGAUUGGGGUUCAUGGGGAGAUUGGAGGACAAUUCAUGGAGAAACGCUAAAAGAGGCUGGUUUCGAUAAGUUCUCUCGUGGUGACCCUAACAAUUUAAGUCCGGGUGAACACUGCGGGUCCAUCUAUCGUUCAGCGCUUUUGAAUGACUUCUGGUGCGAUCAACCAGCUGCAUUCAUUUGUGAGAAAGACCCAGCGUAUCCACCAGUCUGCCAGCCUAAGACUGAUGAAGAAAUGGAGAUUGAUAAGCGGUUUAAAAACGAAGUUUAAUAAUAUCAGCGUAGUAGGGUAUAAUUCUCGCCAUAUCUUUUUUAUCGUUACGAUCAUUGAGUUGCUUUGCAGGUACCAAUUCUAGGUGGCAGGUAGAGGGGAGGGAAGGGGUAUGUAUGGUACACAUGCGCGGAUUUGUGUGACAGAUCGAGUCUUGCGAGCCGGCGUGUAUUCCACAUGUGGCGUUCAUAGUGUGACCAACAAUUCAUUCAGGACCAUAAAAGUAUACCAGCCACUUGAAUUGUUCGUGCAUGGCGGGAAUAUGCUGUAUUCAAUUUUCAAAAAUGUACCGAUUGUGUAAUACUUUUAGUCAGAAAUUGUAAUCUAUACUUGUAAAAUAAUAAAUUGCCAAAAACAAUUAGAGAUUUAGAGUUUCAUAAUUAGAGGUAUAAAAAGAAAUUAUUUAAAUUGUUAAUAGACAAAUGUUAAAAUAAUCUGUAAGAUUAUUUUGAUGAUGUUAUUUAAUAUUGAUUGAGUUUAUAAUUAUGUUUAUGUUUAUAGUUUAUAACUUAUGUUUAUAAUUUUAAUUGCAGCCUUGAUAUUAUGUAAAUUUAUUUUUACCUUAAAAUUAUUGUAUGCCAUUAUGGCGGGUCAUACCUGUGUACAAUUUAAAAGCCAUGUAACAACUCACUGUUUACCUAUGUACCACAAUAAAGAAUAUUUGUAUUUGUA